CUCCCUCUUUCUGUCCCCCUCUCUCUCUUUCUCUCUCUCUCUGUAGGUUUCAGUCUUUGCAUUAUAAUUUCUCUCAUUCAGUGCUGCGAGGACGCUGAGGUUCUACAGCCGACAAUCAGACAGACCCUGACCUGUGACCUCUGACCCCUGACCCCUGACCUCUGAAGGAGCCAUGAACCGUCUCCACAAUUCUCUGGGUCCUCCUGAAUCAGUCAGUCCGUCUGCAUCUCCGUCUUCUCGCCGUGGCCGCAGUGACGAAGAAGAGGAGGAAGAGGAAGAUCUGAACAAAGCGUUUGAUGUUCAGGGUUUUCAGCAGAUCCUUCGUCCUGCAGCUCGCAGCCCACCAGAGAAACUCAGAGUCUACGAUGAGCAGGACUUUGAAGAUCAUCGUCACUUUUCCCUCCAAGUCCAUCACCCUCUGUCCAAACCCCCCGCUGACAGCCGCAGGAAGAGGACCAAUGAGGGGAGGAAGGAGGGCAGGCGAGGCGCCGCCCCCAACGGCGCCGCCGCCACCAUAGAAGAAGGCCGGGAGGACGAGGACGGCGAGGACGAGGCCUUCAGUCAGAAUGAAACAGAGCAGCGCCGCCAGACGCCCAGUCACCGAUUGGACGACGUCCCGGCAGUGCGGCGUCACCUGGUGAGGCGCAGCUCCAGAGGGCCGAUCGUCCACGCCACCAAAGAACCAAUCAGCAGCCGGACGCCAUCACACAGCCAACCGGACCGCACGCCUCACGAGGUGUUUGUGGAGCUGAACGAGCUGGUGAUCGACAGGAACCAGGAGCUGCAGUGGAGAGAAACGGCUCGAUGGAUAAAGUUUGAGGAGGAGGUGGAGGAAGAGACGGAGCGCUGGGGGAAACCUCACGUUGCCUCGCUGUCUUUCCGCUCGCUGCUGGAACUCCGAAAAACCAUCUCGCACGGCGCGGUGCUGCUGGACCUGAAGCAGAAGACUCUGCCGGGCAUCGCCCUGCAGGUGGUGGAGCAGAUGGUGAUCUCAGACCAGAUCUCAGCUGAGGACCGGGACAACGUCUUCAGAGCUCUGCUGCUCAGACACAG